AUGAGAUUCAAUAUCUUCUUCUUUAUUUUUAGUUUGGGUUUUGUUUUUAACCUUUCCUUUUCAAAGAAUAUUUUUGACCCAAGUAAGUUCAAAGACAGCAACUUUGAUUUCAAAAAAGCUAAAAGAUCUUAUCAAACCAUUUUAACUCCCAAGGAAAUGAACGUUGAUAAAUUCACUUCCAAUUUGAUAUCCUUAGAUAGUUUUAGAAAUAAACAAAUAUCUGUUUUUUCGUACUAUUUAAGGGAUCAUAAUGAUUUAUUAAAUGAAUUGCUCACUUCAUCACUGAACAACAAAAUCAAUCUUAUUAUUUUUGUUCCAGUUGAUUCCCAAUUAGAAAAAUUGCCUUUAAAACCCUGGGAAUUUCCUACAAAAAUCGAGGAUGAUAAAUAUACUGAAAAGGAAAUUGACGAAAUUUCUUCAGCUAAUGUUCAAGACUUUAUUAAAAGCCAUAUAGUUAAUGUUAAUCAUAAUUUGGCUUCUCUUUCAAAUAAUAAAGAAAUUUCGUUGAUCACUUUGAAUGAUCAUAGAUUAGUUUUCACACACAAUCAUCAAGAAAAUACAGACGAUGUUUAUUUUGUUAAAGCUGAAGAUUCUGAUGCCAACUCGUGGUUUAAAGUCGUUGAAUCUAAAGAAAUUCGAUUAGAGAAUUCAAAUCUUUUAGUUGCUGUUAUUGAUGGUGUUUUGGAUAUUCCCUCAAUUUAA